UGCAUCACACAAAUGACAAUAUCAUCCCAGCCAUUUCCUUCCUUCUAAACGAGUUCCAAUCUUCAAAGAGAUGUUGUAUCCUGCUACUCAAACACUCGCUCAUGCGCUCGUCCUAUUUGUCAUUGUUUAUAGUUCUUGUUGUCAUAGCCCGCUUUGAUCUUCGGAGAGCUGUCGCCAUUGUCCAAGAGCAUCUUGGGGGGGUUGUUGUGGUUGUGUCGUCUGAGGUGCUGAGGUUGGCCCACUUGACUGUGCCGACGAUGAGUUUGAAGAGGCGAAGUAUGAAGAUUGAUUCUUGGAGGGCCCGUUCAGAGAUGGCGAUGACAGCGGCGCCUCCAUUUCUGCUGGUUCAAAACGGAUCUCGUACAAUCGGGGAGGUGAUCGGUGGUCUUGUGCGUGCGAGCCUUGCUAUGGCGAAGUAUGAGCGAGGCCGAGACAAAGAAUCCUGUUCAGAUUCCGAUGGCGACGAGGACAGCGAGACGGUUUUGAAAGAAGUCGAGGGAAAUGGUGCGAUGAGUUACUUCACGUAAAGGCCGAAGGUUACCUCGGUGAGACGGUUGCAGCAAAAUGGGGAAUCUCAGCCGCCGGAUGAAGUGUCAAGACUCUCUCCGCGAUAAUGGCCUGAUAUCGGUGGGUUUAUUAGUAUCGUAGAGUGCUUUCUGUUGGCGGUGUUUUUCGAUGAAGCAGGCAGAAGCAGUGCGAUGAGAUCAAG